CGUGCGUGGUGGUCACAAUGGCGUUUUGCACGAAUAGUUUGUGUAUGCACAUUUGCCUCUCUUUCCUCUACUCUGCUUUGUUGUCUAUAGUUUUAAAUGUGUCUGUCCAUGGAUGUCUCCCCAAUGAAUCCAGAGUGCUUCUCAGCCUUAAGGCUGCCUUUGACACUCCUGCAAUGCUAAACCUUUGGGAGAGAGAUGACUGUUGUGAAUGGAGAGGUGUCGUCUGCAAUGAAAACGAAUUGGGUGGACAUGUUAGAAACUUGGACCUUAGUUCCUGGGGAUUUAUAUCAAAAGAUAUUCCACCUCAACUUGGAAAUUUGACUUCUUUGCGUUAUUUAUACCUUCAAGGAAACCAACUAGAAGGUCCCAUCCCAUCUCGCUUGGAUUUACUCAUCAAUCUUAUUGAAUUAGAUCUUAGUGGCAACAGUCUCAGUGGUCCAAUCCCUCCUUCUCUAGGCAAUCUCCUGUCCCUAAAAAGAUUAAAUCUUUCCAAAAACCAGAUGAGUGGAGACAUUCCCUUGUCAUUUGCUCAAUUGUCUUCACUUGUCAGUCUCGAUCUGAGUAACAACCAAUUGAAUGGAACUAUUCCUUCCUUGCUCACGCUACCAUCUUCUAUGCAAACAUUUUUGCUCUCCAACAACAGCAUGACAGGAACAGUUUCAGAUCAAGUGCUCUUGCGCCAUAGUUCAAGCUUGGAAGAAUUGGACUUGUCUUAUAGUGGGUUGAAUAUCAACAUUGAAUCGACGCCUUGGAUUCCGCCUUUCCAGCUGAAGACCUUGAAAUUGGGAGGCUGCAAGAUUGGAGGUCCAAUUCCCAGUUGGAUUUCAACUCAAUUUGAACUUGAGCAUAUGGGUAUAUCAGACGCUAAUCUUGUGGAAGAUAUUCCAUCUUGGCUAUGGGAAUUUUCACCGGAAUUGCGGAGUUUGAACCUAUCAAACAAUCAUUUGGAGGGUCCUCUCACUGUUUCUUCAAUCCCACUUCCACUGCAGUCGUUGGAUCUGUCUGUAAAUGAACUGAAUGGCCCAUUAUUGCUAGAUAUUCCUAUACCUGAACAAAAAUUUAGUUUGGAGAAGCUUUUACUUGCAGACAACAAGAUCGAAGGACCUAUAACAGCUUCAUUAGGGACCAUGACAUCUUUGUAUAUUCUAGAUUUGUCAAAUAAUCAGCUAAGAGGCAAUAUCCCUGAUAGUUUGGGUAAUUUGACAUUGCUAACAGUGCUGCGUUUGGAGAGUAACCAUUUAAACGGAGAGAUCCCUGCCUGCCUGACCAAUCUCUCAGACCUUGUAAUGCUCAACCUGGCAAGUAAUGAAUUGGAGGGUCAUAUUCCUAAGGAGCUUGGAAAUUUAGCAGGACUUGCAUCUCUCCAUCUUGAAAAGAACAAUCUGCAAGGACUUCUUCCUCUGUCUUUAGCACAACUUUCAAAUCUGCAGGUGAUUGACGUCGGAGAAAACAAUUUGACAGGAAACAUUCCAUCUUGGAUUGGCAACCGUUCAAGUCUACUAGUUCUUAUGAUGAGAUCAAACAAUUUCAAAGGCAAACUACCUCCACAGAUCGGCAAACUAACGGAGCUUUUUAUCCUCGACCUUUCUUCUAAUCUUUUGUAUGGGGAAAUCCCAAAUACCUACUUAAAUUUGGCAGCCAUGGUCGUUGUAAAUGAAGAUAUGUCCGUGGUUGGAGAAGACCGUCAUGCUCCCUCAGCUCGCCGCGUUGGUCGUUGUGGUGCUCGUAGUCAUAAUGCUCAUAAACAUGAUGCUAAAGAUGGUUAUGAUCAUUGUGGAACUGACGCAGAUUAUGUAUAUGGAAGUGCAGAUUAUGUAUAUGGAAAGGAAGACACAAAAUACUAUAGAGAAGCCUUAGAUCUAAUUACCAAGGGGUCAGAAUGGCAUUACGCUUAUGUCUUAUCAGCGAAAAUUGGAAAUCUAAAAGGCUUGAUGUUUCUAAAUCUUUCUCGGAACAGUUUCAAUGGGGACAUUCCAGGUAGCAUGGGCAACCUGAGUCAGUUGGAAUCGCUGGACCUCUCUCUCAACAAAUUUUCAGGAAAAAUUCCAUUCCAGCUUGGUUCUCUGGAUUAUUUGGGAUAUUUAAAUAUGUCUUACAACAAUCUGUCAGGGGUGAUACCACAGCAAGGUUCUCAUAUGAUAACAUUUGAUAAAUCAGCAUUUUGGGGAAAUCCAAAUCUGCGGGGAUGCCCUGUGGAAAGUUGGAAGUGUUCUCCACCUCAUUCACCACUGUCUCCUCCUACAAUUGAUGUCAAGGAAGAGGCAAAGGAAGGAUUUUCAUGGUAUGAGCUGAGCAUGGGAUGGUCAGUUGCAGCAGGAUUUUUUGCCGUGGUGUUGGUGCUCACUUUCAAAGUGAAUUGGAGAAAGACGACCUUUGAUCAGAUGGACAGAGCUAUAACAUUUCUGUUGGGGGAGCGCACUAACUGACAGUAAGGAUAUGGUAUUUUGCGUUCAUUGUAAUGAAUGCAUGAUGUUUUACAUUUCUUAACGGUGCAUCUGGACUAGGCAUACAUAGUAUUUUGCUACCAAAGUAGUAAAACUUGUGUUUCCAUAUCUUAGCACGUCUUUAGGAUUAGACAUUGGGGAUGUAUUUUUUUUAUUGUUAUAAAUAUUUUAAUGUUAAGACAA